AAUUAAACAUCAGAAGAAGUGUCUUGUCGCGUUGAAAUGUCGUGCUUAAUGCGCCUGAAGUCAGUCUGUAUGUGGGUGAUUUCAUACUGCAUUAUCAAACAAUGAAAGUGUAAUACGUGUAAUAUUAAGUGCCCACUGCCACCAGCUAAGAAAAAGGGAGAAAAAAAGACUGAUCUUCUGGAAAGACUAUACAGUUCGUUUGACUUUGUGGCAUAGUUGGUACCAGUCUGGCCAGUUUCAGUUACCCAUAGAACCAUCAUUAGCAACAAGAAUUUCAAUUUCAGCUGCCAGUCAGGUGGCCUUGUCUCAAAUAUUCUGCUAUAAUGUGGAGAUCUUCAAGACUACAAGGCACAGACUCAGAAGCUAGACAGAUUUAUUGACCAAGUGUGUUGACACACAAGGAAUUUGGUUCCAGCAGUUUGUGACUCUCAAAGGUCUGACAACCUGAAUAAUGGGAAAAAGCUGACCGAGUACAUGAGAAGUGUGGGGGAUUAGCGUUCUUUGGCACAAUGAGGAAAGCAAUGACAGCAUGCUAUAUGCCUUUGGGGAGGAGGUUUAUUGUGCCACUUGUGGUUGUGGGCUUAAUUUUCACUGGCAUACUAAACUUGCCCAUAUUCAAUGCCAGUCCAAAAUCUGUCAUGAUGUUUGUAGAUCCCAAUCAUCGAGAGCGUGUCCAUUCCUUUGUCAAGAGUGUGUUAUCCAAAGAAUGCAGACCAUCAUUUACAAGAAGGAGGAUUGAGAGUAUUUAUUCUAGUUCUGUGCCUGUAGCUGAGCCAUUCUUACAAAAAAACAGCAACUUAACAGAACAAAUAUUUGAGUAUCCACCACCAUUUGGAUUUCAGAACCUGCAACACAAGCUAAAAGAAGUCCUGGAUCUCAUACCCAUUUCCUUGUCAGAGAACACUGGAGGGCACGAUUGCCGUCGAUGUGUUGUAGUUGGUAAUGGAGGCAUACUUCGAGGACUGGAGCUUGGGCAUCUCCUCAACCAGUUCAAUGUGAUCUUAAGAUUGAACAGUGGCCCGGUGAGAGAUUUCAGUAGAGAUGUUGGAAACCGUACCACUAUCAGGAUGAGUUAUCCUGAAGGUACCCCGAAGACAUGGGAAGAUGUGGAUCCUCAGCUUCAGUUUGUAGCUGUCAUUUACAAAUCUGUUGAUUUCAACUGGCUUCAUGCUAUGAUCUCAAAAACAACAGUAUCACUUUGGGACAAGCUGUUUUUCUGGCAGAAGGUACCAGGUAGCAUCCCAGUUGAUCCUUCAAAGUUCCGUAUACUGAAUCCAGAGAUUAUCAGGGAGACAGCAUUGAAACUGCUACAAUACCCAAAUCCUAAGCCUCGGCGAUGGGGAUGGGAUCAGAAUGUUCCCACCUUAGGGGUAUCUGCUGUUAACCUGGCAACCUACUUGUGCGAUGAAGUCAGUUUAGCAGGCUUUGGCUACAACCUUAGCCAGAAGGAGAUGCCACUGCAUUACUACGAUAAACUACCAAUGACUGCUAUGUUGAAGCAAGCUAUGCACAAUGUGGACCAUGAGACAGUUUUUCUCCAGAGAUUGGUUGCAACUGGCAGCAUUUUGGACCUUACUGGGGGUGUACAUUGCAGUUUCUGCUCAAAAUAAAGCCACAUUGCACUAAUGUUGGGAUAUUUUGACAGCCCAAAGACAGAAUACAGUGUUUUACUUGCAAUUAAUACAUGUUGCAUUUUAUUUCUGUUACAUUGUUCUGAUUAGACUGGUGUUAUUAUAUACCGAUUGUGAAAGUGUAUUUUAUUUCAUAUUUUUAUUAAUUGCCAUGUACUUUAAUUUUCAUACUUUUUGCUUGUUUUUUUAUUUUUUUUAUAAAAAGGUUCGGACUCUGGUGGCCUAUCCAUAUGUGAAAAUCAUCUUAAAUUGAUGUGCCAAUCACUCUGGAAUUGGUUAAAUCAUCAGACCACUUGUCCUUUUUACAUUGCUUCUAUGUCCGAUCUUUAUGUUCUCUUUUUCCCCGAUUAGCCUCACUGAUUAGUGGAUAUCCAAAGGCUACACGGAUGUUUUAUCCCAGUUUUUGUCAUGUUGUACCUUUUAAAUGCUUUUACUUUGACUAUUAAACAUAGCUCUGUUUUUUUUUU